AUGUUCCUACAGGAAGCCAUGGGCAUCCAGGCGCUCGACAAGGAGCACGGCACCCAGCGCCUCGUUGGCAUCUGCCCUCAGGGCCUGUGCCUCGUGAUCAACACCACCGUCAAGAUGCCUCUCAAGAAGCGCCCCCUUCAGGCCGAGACGAGGACGACUCCAUGCGGUGAGGUUGUCGAGGAGCAGAGUGAGGAAGCCCUAAGCAAGCGUGCUCGCGACGACAAGGACGACACCGAGUCGAGGACGACUCCCUGCGGUGAGCAGGUCGUUGUCGAGGAGCAGAAUGACGAAGCGCCAAGCAUGAGUGCUCGCGACGACAAGGACGACUCCGAGUCGAGGACGACUCCCUGCGGUGAGCAGGUCGUUGUCGAGGAGCAGAAUGACGAAGCGCCAAGCAUGAGUGCUCGCGACGACAAGGACGACUCCGAGUCGAGGACGACUCCCUGCGGUGAGCAGGUCGUUGUCGAGGAGCAGAAUGACGAAGCGCCAAGCAUGAGUGCUCGCGACGACAAGGACGACUCCGAGUCGAGGACGACUCCCUGCGGUGAGCAGGUCGUUGUCGAGGAGCAGAAUGACGAAGCGCCAAGCAUGAGUGCUCGCGACGACAAGGACGACUCCGAGUCGAGGACGACUCCCUGCGGUGAGCAGGUCGGUGUCGAGGAGCAGAAUGACGAAGCGCCAAGCAUGAGUGCUCGCGACGACAAGGACGACUCCGAGUCGAGGACGACUCCCUGCGGUGAGCAGGUCGUUGUCGAGGAGCAGAAUGACGAAGCGCCAAGCAUGAGUGCUCGCGACGACAAGUACGACUCCGAGUCGAGGACGACUCCCUGCGGUGAGCAGGUCGUUGUCGAGGAGCAGAAUGACGAAGCGCCAAGCAUGAGUGCUCGCGACGACAAGGACGACUCCGAGUCGAGGACGACUCCCUGCGGUGAGCAGGUCGUUGUCGAGGAGCAGAAUGACGAAGCGCCAAGCAUGAGUGCUCGCGACGACAAGGACGACUCCGAGUCGAGGACGACUCCCUGCGGUGAGCAGGUCGUUGUCGAGGAGCAGAAUGACGAAGCGCCAAGCAUGAGUGCUCGCGACGACAAGGACGACUCCGAGUCGAGGACGACUCCCUGCGGUGAGCAGGGGGUUGUCGAAGAGCAGAAUGACGAAGCGCCAAGCAUGAGUGCUCGCGACGACAAGGACGACUCCGAGUCGAGGACGACUCCCUGCGGUGAGCAGGGGGUUGUCGAAGAGCAGAGUGACGAAGCGUCAAGCAUGAGUGCUCGCGACGACUAG